AUGCUCUUUCAAGUUCUCUCUGAUACCUUGUCAUAUCAGUUAGAUGCAAUGCUAAUCAUCGCCGGCACCGUUGUCGCCCUAGUUCCAGCCUUCCUCCUUGCCUUGUAUGCACACAAUCUCUCAACCGAACGUGUACGUAGUCCAGCUCGUACCACGACCCUGCCAGGCCCUCCUGGCUACCCAAUAAUCGGCAAUCUGUUCCAGCUAGGCAAAUGUUGGUCAGAGACGUUUCGUCUUUGGGGCUUCAAAUACGGCGAGGUUUUCGCCGUCCGCCUGGGCGAGCGCGAUGUGGUGAUUAUUAACACACCGCGUGCAGCGAUGGAACUCCUUGAAAAGCAGGGCGGAGCAUACAUAUCGCGCCCCUAUUUCACACAUUUCACAAUUCCUUGGGAUGGCUCGCUUAAAGCUCGCAGAAAGGCAGCUGCCACUGCCAUGAACAAGCCAGGUGUACAAUCUUAUACACCCAUUAUCGAAUACGAGACACUCGCUGCCCUCAAGGAUUUACUAGAGCAUGGCAAGGAGUAUAUCGAUCCUAACCGAUAUUUUCAAAGACUUGGUCUCAACAUCUCACUCUUCGUCAACUACGGUACUCGGAUGGGUGAUAUAGACAGCGAAUUGUUUCAAGAAAUAGUUGAUGUAUCAGCCAGGAUCGGAGAAAUUCGCUCGGUGACGUCUUCUCUAGUGGAUUACCUACCGAUCUUGCGUAUCAUUCCAAAUUCUUCCAGGAACUUAGAAGCAAAAGAGUUGGCAGCACGUCGCACUGUCUUCCUAGAGAAAAUGCUAGAUGAUUUACUGGAUCGUAUCAAGGACAAUACGGAUGUGCCUUGUAUAAUGGGUCACAUCCUUCGUGACCCCGAAGCUAAAUUGGACCGAACAGAACAGAUGUCUAUUUGUAAUACUAUGGUGUCUGCAUCUCUAGACACAUUCUCAACGACAAUGUUGUGGAUGACAUCCGUCCUAGCUCAACGCCCAGAAAUGCAAGAAAAAGCUUAUCGGGAUAUUGUUUCUUCUCACGCAGGAGGACCACUCGACCCGUUUUCUGAAAAAUCUGACUUUGUCCUCGCUAUCGUAAAAGAAACCUCUCGAUACUACAGUAUAGUCCGGCUCGCUCUUCCAAAAGCCACUAUCGCAGAUUCAGAGUGGCAAGGUCACAGAAUACAAGCUGGGACGACAGUAUUUCUGAACGUUUGGGCUUGCAAUAUGAAUGAAGAACUUUUUGGUGAUCCAUGGAGUUUUCGACCAGAACGGUACAUAGAGAAACAAGAAUCUGAUGCAGCCCGCGCAACCUACGCGUUCGGUGCAGGGAGACGAAAGUGUCCUGGAAUGCAUCUCGGCAUACGGGAGAUGUAUGUGACAUGCAUGUAUAUCGUCUACUACUUCCGCCUAGAGAAAGCCCGGGAAAACAUUGAGGGCUCCGCCAGCCUCCAUCCCGUUGAAGCGAUUGAUAAUUACAAUGCACUGACUAUGAUGCCGAAGCAGUUCAAAGUCAAGUUUGUGCCCAGAGAGGAAAAUUUAGAGCGUCUAAAGCACGUCCUAUCCAACGAGAAAUUUCCGGGAGGGAAGGAUGUUGAAGUUUGAUACGGAUGUUUGUCCUGCGUUACGGAUAGAUCAGUAUGAUAACUGUAAUUUUAAAUGUCUUAUGAUCAAUCGUGUUAUACUGACUCCUUUACAUAUCACAGCUGAUGUCCAAUGUACGCAUAAAGUU